AUGGGUCGCCACGAGCUCGAGUAUCCCAAGGAUGCAACCAACACGGUCAAACGCCAUGAUGAGCGAGGCAUCUAUGCCCUACGCACUAUCCAUGAACUUAUCAAUGCCUCUCUCAUCUUGCACAUCUCCUUCAACACGGAGGGCUCGCCCUUCCCCACGACCCUCCCCAUGCUAGGACAGAUGGGUUCUUUCGCCCGUCCAUCCUCCUCGACGGGAGAUCCACUCGAUCUCUAUGUGCACGGCUAUGUCUCCUCCCGGCUCAUGAGCUUGGGCAGGAAGCACAGCGACCAAGACGGACAGAAGACCGAGACAGGACUGCCCGUCUGUGUCGCAGCCAGCCACGUCGACGGCCUCGUUCUCGCCCUGUCCUCAUUCUCCCACUCAUACAACUACCGCUCCGCCAUUCUCUUUGGCUACGCAACUCUCGUCACCGACGUGGAGGAGAAGAACUACGCCCUGGAGCAGAUCACCAAUGGCAUCGUGCACGACCGCUGGAGCCACACCCGUCUUCCCCUCACUAACGCCGAGUUGCAGUCGACCUCUGUGCUGCGGAUCCGCAUUGUCAGCGGGAGUGCCAAGAUCAGGACAGGCAAUGCAAAAGACGACAGAGAUGACUUGCAGAACGACGAGCUGAGAGAUGGCAAUUGGACGGGGGUCCUGCCCGUCUACUCGAGCAUUGGAACACCCGUGGACAGUGAUUAUAACAAGGUCGAGGUGCCCGCGCACGUGUCCGAAUUUAUCGAGGAAUUUAAUAGGGAAAGUAGGGAGUAUUGCGUGGAGGCAAUCAAAAAGAAGUAG